AUGGUAGAACUGGGUGAUAAUAUUGAUGAUGAUACUUAUGUUAGUCCAGUGUCUUCUCUUGAGAAUGACAAUGGGGAACACACUUCAGAAUCACCUACUUCGGGUAUAAUUAGAUCAUCAUCAUCAUCAUCGAGUUAUCAACGGCUAAUGAUGGAUCAUCAUCGUCACGAAAAUUUGACAGAAUUGAAAACUUCGGCGGUGAGGCCUUAUAUUCGGUCGAAAAUGCCUCGGCUUCGCUGGACGCCGGAUCUUCACCGAUGCUUUGUGCAUGCUGUUGAACGCCUUGGAGGAGAAGAUAGAGCCACUCCAAAGAUGGUGUUGCAGAUAAUGGAUGUCCAGGGGCUUACCAUAUCUCACGUGAAGAGCCAUCUUCAGAUGUACAGGAGCAUGAAGCAUGAGCAACUUAUUCAAGCUAUGGCAGGGGAGAACAAUAAUAAGACAAUGGCACUCUUCCACCAACAUUCAAACUACUAUUCCUCUUCACAUUUGGACCUAACGAAUAAGUCUCAACCCAAUUACUUCCAAAGAAACAAUAAUUGCAAUGACUUAAGCUUGACAAGCUUUUCAGUGUCUGCUUAUAAUAAGAAUAAUUAUGGGACUACUCAUCAUGGCAAGGAAGAAGAGCUCGAGAUUAAUUCCAACAGCAAUAUCAAUCCAGGAGUACAAUGGAAAGACAAACAAGAUAUGUGGAGUGGGAAGAAAGUGAUGAUGAGAGACCCGUCAUUAUGUUCUCAAGUACCAAAUAAAAGAUGGGAAUAUUGGGAAAAGAAGCCCAAUUCCUAUAUCAUCUUCAAGGAUCUACUCAAAAGAUGCACCGCUCAUGAUCAAGAGAGCAUAAUCAUUAAUGGAAAAGAAAAAGAUAUAGAAGCAGGGAACAGAUCAGUUAAUAAUAUUAUGCGCAAUCAUCAUAAGUUGGAGUAUAAUAAAGCUACUACUACUACUACUGCUGCAAACCACAUACUAGACGACGACGCAGUAACGUCUCUUUCGCUGAACACUUCUACAACUUAUUCCCACCAGUUGCUUUGCCUUGCCAAUGCCAACAACUCUGAUGCCAAUGAUGUCUCUCUUGAGCUUACUCUUACUCUUGCUUCACCUUCAUCCAUAUAGUGUGAUUAUAUUAUAUUAUAUAUAUAAAUAAACUCUACACACUACAUGAUUAUAUAUAUGUCGACAAGUAUAUAUAUUGACAACUUGUGUUGUGUACUGUCAUGAAUUAGAACAUCUCUAGCUAGUAAGUACUUCUCUCUUUGCUUUAUUUUUAUUUUCCUAGUGGAUGGAAUAAUA